AUGGCUGGUAACGGAGAGAUGGUCGGAGGAAACAUGGACGGCAAUAUGGGUGGGCAGCCGCAAGGGACAGAAUACACGCUACAAGGAGUCAUGCGAUUUCUCCAAUCCGAGUGGCAUCGACAUGAGCGAGAUCGCAACGCGUGGGAGAUUGAGCGAGCAGAAAUGAAGUCGAGAAUCGGCAAACUGGAGGGGGACGCUCGCACCAGCAAGCGCUUGCAAGAGUCAUUGGGGAAACAUGUUAAAAUUCUCGAGAUCGCAUUGAAGAAAGAAAGGGAGAAAUUGAAAAAGGUUGCGGCUGGGGCAACCGUGGAACUGAACGUUGACUCUAAGGAGAUAGCCAAAGAGAGCCUGAAAACGGUCGAGAAAGAAUUCCCUAAACAAGGCAACAUCGCUCCAGACAUCGAUUCGGAAAAUCCAACUCAUUCAGCUAUGCAUCACGACACAGAUCGGGAUAAAUCGCGAAAUUUUCUUGGAAAAUGCUCACAGGAGGUUGCUUAUCACGUUAUCCCUGGUUACCAUCCUCCUCUCGACCUGCAUGAACCCCCUGAAAUGUUCCGCGUUCGACACCACCUACAGCAGCGACAGUCCAUGGAGGAGCCCUAUUCUCAUCAACAGCCUCAGGGACAGAACCAGUCGCCUCAACGGCACCUGAAACAGCCGCAACCCACCCCUGCCAGUAUGGUUAGAGAGCCCUCUAUUCCACCGCACAUGAUAUCCAGCUAUGAAGAUUCCAAUAACUACAUUGCUUCAAACCGCCAGGCUCCUGGAGUUCCUCGAGACGUUUUGAACAGAGCAUAUGAACCUCAACGUGCCCCUGGAUCAUCUUUAGAUGAACAAAAGGCAAUGUUUGAAGAUUCUGUGCCUUCAGACGAAGGCAAUCGAGGGACAGAAGAACAGCCCGUCGAACCACCCAAGAAACUACUAGACGAACAACUAGACCGCGCUUCUAAUGAAAUCCUAGUUGAUGAAGCCGACGGCUGGAACUUUGAUGAACCUCCCUUAGAUGAAGCACGUCCAACUCUACGACCAGACCAAGAUGCUUUCCCCAACGCAAACUUCGUUGCUGCCAAAUCGCCCCCUCGAGCUGGGCCUGGGUCUCAUCGACGUAAAAGCUCUGGUUCUAGACGGCGGAGCGAUGUAACUCUUGAUCUUAAGGAAGGAACCGGGGCAGAAUCGCAACGACUGGAGCCAUCUAAUUUCAAAGUUCGAUUCGCUUUGCGUGGUCAUUUGGACGUUGUUCGAUGCGUCAUUCUUACCGGUGGGGGGAGUCCAUCAGAGCCCGAGGUUUGCACUUGCGGUGACGACGGAACCAUCAAACGGUGGACUCUUCCAGCAUCUUAUGGGAACUUUGGUCCUAACAAUACAUCAUCAAGCAGUGAUCUAGACAUUUCCAGUUACUUUACGCAUAGAGGUCAUAAUGGCUCGGUCACCUGCCUAGCAUCGUCCCCUCCGUCUCGGGAUUUCUCGAAUGGUGGGCGAGCACUUGGCGAUGGUUGGGUAUUCUCAGGUGGCCAAGACGGCACUGUUAGAGUUUGGGAGCGUGGAAGAAUUGAUUCAAAGGCGACUCUUGAUGGACAUACGGAUGCCGUCUGGGCUCUUUGUGUUCUGCCAGGCACCUCUGGUUCAAUUCUGGGCGACCGAAGUAGCCUGUUCGGGGGCUCGGAUCGUAUACUACUUGCCUCCGGUGCCGCCGAUGGAAAAAUCUUAGUAUGGGCGGUGAGUUCACCACCGCAGUUGAGUUCUCCACAAGCUGGCUCGAGAAGGGUGGGGGGAAGUAGAAGGGCGAAUUCCAUUUCGUCAGGAUCGAAUUUCCCAUCCACACCACAGCCAAGCACCGCGACAACAACACCGUUUCAUUAUACCUUGGUUCACCGAAUAGAUCGGGUCGACUCGCCCUCGCCAACGUGCAUCAGUCCAUUGUCUUUGGCUGGCGUAAAUUUCGUCGUUUCAUAUAAUGAUGCUUCUAUCCUCGUAUACGAUACGCGAACUGGGGAGCAGGUUGUUGGCAUGGCAAGCCAGGAGACUUAUGACGGAACACGUUCUACUGGUAUCAAUUCUGUUGCUGCUAGUACCGUUGGCUUUGAUGGCACCGUUAGCUUGGAUCCAAAUAGACCACUCGCAGAAGAGGAGACUGUUGUCCAUGGUGCAACAGGUACCAGUGGAGGUGUAGAAGGCGUCAUAAUUAGUGGCUACGAAGACCGUUAUAUACGGCUCUUUGAUGCCAAUAGCGGUCAAUGCACCUACACGAUGCUAGCUCACCCUGCUGCCAUAUCAUCAUUGUCAUUGUCUCCUGAUGGAAGAGAACUUGUUUCUGCUGGACACGACGCAAGCCUUCGCUUUUGGUCUUUGGAAAAACGAAGCUGUACCCAGGAGAUCACAAGUCACCGACUUAUGCGGGGCGAAGGGGUUUGUUCCGUUGUUUGGAGUCGGGAUGGACGAUGGGUCAUCAGUGGAGGUGGUGAUGGCGUCGUCAAGGUCUUCACAAGGGCUUAA